AUGACUUUUCCAUUCUUUCGAAUCAAAAAGAAGGGAAAUAAGUCAUCUUGCUGGCCUUGGUGUCAGGCUGAAGUUUCUUUAGAUCUGCUCCAAGAAGGACGCUUAGUUGAAGUGAGUUGGCCUGAUAACUCAGUUAGCAGAUUCCAUAGUGUAUGGCUGCGACACAAUUGUCACUGCUCACUCUGUAAACAGAAAUACAGUGGACAGAUAUUGAUAGAUAGCUCUUCAAUUGAUCCGCAAUCUGUUCUGGACAAUAUAAAUGUCUUGGAUUCAUGUGUUGAAUUAAGUUGGCGAGGAAAAGAAAUACACAAAGGAGUGAUACCGCUUAGUUGGUUGAAAGACAAUUGUUAUUCUGAAAGCAGUCGUAUUAAAGAAUCUCAAGAACGAAAUAUAUCACCAUUUGUGAUUUUUGAUGUGGUAUCAAAGCCACAACCUAUCAAUGUGGCGUACUCUACAGCCAAAAUACCAUUUCAUAUGGAUUUAGUGUAUUAUGAAUCACCACCUGGGUUACAGUUACUUCAUUGUUUAAGGGAUUGGCCAGUGCAUAUGAAGUACAAAAGACCUCAUAUUACACUCAAUCCACAGGGACAGGUUAUUGGUGUUUUUUGGGCACCUCCAUUUGAAGCCCCAUUGCAAGUGGCUGAAGAGGAUGUCCAACCUUAUUAUGAUGCUUAUCACAAAUUCUCACAAUUUUUACAUGAAUGCAACUUACAGGUAGAGUACAAGUUAAAGGUGGGAGAGUGUGUUCUUUUUAAUAAUCGACGUAUUCUUCAUGCAAGGAAAGAGUUUAUAUUGAACGGUGGAACACGAUAUUUCCAGGGAUGUUACAUCAAUAUUGACGAAUUCAAGAGUAAAGUUGAAUUCAUGAUGGUACAACGUAAAACUGGUAAACAUGCAAAGAGGGUUGGGAAUCAGUGCUUCUUGUGA